AUGUAUUUCGAUAAGGAAAUAUUUUUAUGGCACCAUAGUGCCAACACUAAUAUAACUAUAAAAAUCGGCACCGUUAGAGAAAUAGUCGACCAAACUAUUAGUAAUUGCAAUUUAGGUGACCCACAAGCCCUGAAACUCUUUGCAGAAAUUCUAGAGCAUGUUCUAAAGCCCCGGGAUAAAAAAAAUCUAAUUACGGAAAUUCUUGAUGUCUAUUUCACCCUAGAAGAAACCGCAGAAGAUGAUAAAACUGACACUGAGAUCACCCUGAAAAGCCUGAUCGACGGAUACAUGGAAACGUUGGAAAAUUGGAUGCCUAAACCAAAGGAACUUGAAAAUCCCAAACCAGCAAAUCGUGGAUACUGUUAUCGAAAUGGAACUAGCAUUGAAAAGAAUGAGAAUAAAAGGGACAUCGACGAUGACGAAACUGCGAAUGAAAUUUUUGAUGAAAUCCGUCGUGGGUCUUGCUAUCGAAAUGAUACCAAUCUUGAAUUUGGAAGGAGGAAAGUGGAUACCAAGAAUGUUGAUGAAGAUAAAGAAGAUUGUAGAACGUUAGUAGGCGACGAUGAAGUAUUUGAA